CAUCAAAUACACAUCCCCACAGAAAGCCGCCAUGUUGAUGCUUCGGUUGGCGCGGUUUGGCCAAAUCCACCACCCAGUAUACCGGAUUGUCGUUGGAGAGCGCGGCCGCCGACGCGACGGCAAGCACCUCGAGCACGUCGGCACCUACCACCCAGAGCCAGACACUAACGGAGUCCGCCGCGUCACAUGGAAGGUCGACCGCAUCAAGUACUGGCUGUCUGUCGGUGCCCAGCCGACCGAGCGCGUUGGCAAGCUUCUUGGCCUUGCUGGAAUUCUGCCGUUGCAUCCGCGAACUACAUCAGCGCUGCACGCACAAGCCAUCACACCUAGCGUCUUUACAUAUCAGGCACAGAUCCGACCGCCGUCGGACAAGAAGGAUGAGCCCGCAGCCCCUUCAGAACGACCCGUCAAGCUGCCAGCAGAAAUUUCUUCCCCUCUCCUUGACUAAGCCAAAGGAAACAAAAAAACAACAAAAAGCAGGGACAACAAUCAACAAGAAAGCAACAAAGAUCAUGCAUGCUCCCACCUUGUUGUCACAAGCACCAACCUUACUGCUGGCAACUGUUUGUACCUUCUUCGUGGAUGAAUGUGCUUUCUGGAGGAUGAGUAUCCUGGCUGUGAUACAACAAAAGAAAAAUAAUAAAAAGCUUGCACUGUAA